CUGGUCAGUUGUGCGAGAAAUAGCGUGCUGAGCGGUCGCAAAUAGCGCACGAGUAUUAAACACAAGUCGAAAAAAUAGGAAUAAAUAAGCCACAGAGUGAUUUGCCCGAGAAGAUCUAGAUAAAGAGAUAAAAAUAUACUACAUAAAAAUAAACAAAGAAAUUUUUAAAGCAUCUUGGCAUUGAAUUCCUCAUUUAUAAUUGCCCAAAGACACAUUAAUUGCAAUUAAUUAGUUGUAAAAUGAGUAACGCAAAACACAUUACAAUGGAAAUGGAUAAAGUGCCACUAGGAGAUGAUAAAACUUUGGCAAGAAACACAGAAAAUGGAAUCAACGGACGAACACGUAAUAAUCUUCGAGUGCCCAGAGCAGUUCCCGAAACCGAUGAUGAUGACAACGACGAUCGUCCCUUUGUUAAAGAUGGGAGUGACAAUCCCGGCGUGGAUGACGGUCUUUUUGGCGGGAAUGGCAAUGUGAAUGUAAACGUUCCCAACGGCGGAAGACGACCCAGUUUCUCCUUUCCGGGAUACACUGGAAAUGGUUUCGCGAUCAUCAACGGAGUGGAGACACCCAUACCCGAUGUGAAUGCCUAUCAGCACAAGAAAACCCUGGCUCAGGGAAUGAUGGACUUGGCACUCCUGUCCGCGAAUGCAAAUCAGCUGCGUUAUGUUUUGGAUAGACAGUCGACACAUAUCUACUAUAUUCCCAGUCUGCUGUUCAUCUCCCUCAGCAUUAUAUUCCAGGUUGCUGUGGGCGUGGGUCUGAUAUGUAAUAGCCAGUACAACAUUAAGAACAGCUACGAUAUCUGCCGGGCGAACAGGAUCAACAAUUAUACAGUCAUCGGCAUCUUUAUAGUCACGGUGGUCAAUGUUCUGAUAUCGGCCUUCACCGUGACGACAGAUACCAUAGCUACCACCAAUAACACAGGGGUUAAUUGAUAUUUAAAGUAGACUUUAGUAUUAUGAAACACAGCCGCAUCGUUCUAUAUGCUAAAAUGAAUUGUGAUAAAUAAAAUCCCACGAGCAUUUCUCACCUUAUUCUAAU